ACAUCAGUGGUGUCAAGACAACGCUAAGAAGGUUUUCCGUGAUCCUGCAAGCCCUGCGUUCCUUCCUGGGAUCCUGCCUUCAAUUUGAUUGCACAGGUACCACAGCAAGCCAGUGCUGUGUGCUCCGAGUUCCAGGGCGUCCUCCAGCUCAGCCACUGCGCUGAGAACAUGGACUCUCUGUGGGGCCCAGGAGCCGGGAGUCACCCCUUUGGGGUCCACAACACCCGGCUGUCCCCAGACUUGUGUCCAGGGAAGAUAGUGUUGAGGGCCCUCAAGGAGAGCGGGGCAGGGAUGCCUGAGCAGGACAAGGACCCUAGAGUCCAAGAGAAUCCUGGUGAUCAGAGAAGGGUCCCCGAGGUCACCGGGGAUGCACGGUCUGCAUUUCGGCCCCUGCGGGACAAUGGAGGCCUCUCUCCCUUUGUGCCCAGGCCCGGGCCUCUGCAGACAGACCUCCAUGCCCAGAGGUCAGAAAUCAGAUAUAAGCAGACAUCCCAGACCUCCUGGACGAGCUCCUGCACCAACCGAAAUGCCAUCUCCAGCUCCUACAGCUCCACGGGAGGCUUGCCGGGGCUAAAGCGGAGGAGGGGGCCAGCCUCAUCCCACUGCCAGCUGACCCUCAGUUCCUCAAAGACAGUGAGUGAGGACAGGCCUCAGGCUGUCUCUUCGGGUCACACCCAGUGUGAAAAGGCAGCAGAUAUAGCACCAGGGCAGACACUCGCCCUCAGGAAUGACUCCUCCACAUCCGAGGCCUCUAGGCCCAGUACACGCAAGUUUCCCCUGCUGCCACGCAGGCGAGGGGAGCCUUUGAUGCUGCCACCUCCCGUAGAGCUGGGGUACCGGGUCACUGUUGAAGACCUGGACCGGGAGAAGGAGGCGGCCUUCCAGCGCAUCAACAGUGCACUGCAGGUUGAGGACAAGGCCAUCUCGGACUGCAGACCCUCACGGCCUUCCCACACUUUGUCCUCACUUGCAACAGGGGCUUCUGGUCUGCCUGCCGUUUCUAAAGCACCCAGUAUGGAUGCACAGCAGGAGACACACAAGUCCCAAGACUGCGUGGGCCUAGUGGCCCCCUUAGCAUCUGCUGCAGAGGUCCCCUCUACAGCUCCCAUGUCUGGGAAGAAGCACAGACCACCAGGCCCCCUGUUCUCCUCCUCAGGUCCCCUUCCUGCCACCUCUUCCCAUUCCCAGGACUCAGCCCAGGUCACCUCGCUGAUUCCUGCCCCCUUCCCAGCUGCAAGCAUGGAUGCGGGCAUGAGAAGAACAAGGCCUGGCACUUCUGCUCCUGCAGCUGCCGCAGCAGCCCCUCCCCCCUCCACAUUGAACCCCACGUUGGGGUCACUACUGGAGUGGAUGGAGGCCCUUCACAUUUCUGGGCCUCAGCCACAGCUGCAGCAGGUGCCCAGAGGUCAGAACCAGAGAUCCCAGACCUCCUGGACCAGCUCGUGCCCCAAACGAAAUGCCAUCUCGAGCUCCUGCAGCUCUACGGGAGGCCUCCCGGGACGAAAGCGGAAGAGGGGCCAGCCUCAUCCCACUGCCAGCUGACCCUCAGUUCCUCAAACACAGUGAGUGAGGACGGACCUCAGGCUGUCUCUUCGGGUCACACCCAGUGUGAAAAGACGGCAGAUACAGCACCAGGGCAGACACUCGCCCCCAGGGGUGGCUCCCCCAGAUCCCAGGCCUCUAGGCCCUGUAGAUGCAAGUUUCCCCUGCUGCCACGCAGGCGAGGGGAGCCUUUGAUGCUGCCACCUCCCUUAGAGCUGGGGUACCGGGUCACUGCUGAAGACCUGGACCCGGAGAAGGAGGCGGCAUUCCAGCGCAUCAACAGUGCACUGCAGGUUGAGGACAAGGCCAUCUCGGACUGCAGACCCUCACGGCCUUCCCACACUUUGUCCUCACUUGCAACAGGGGCUUCUGGUCUGCCUGCCGUUUCUAAAGCACCCAGUAUGGAUGCACAGCAGGAGACACACAAGUCCCAAGACUGCCUGGGCCUAGUGGCCCCCCUGCAUCUGCUGCACAGGCCUGUAGUCCCAGCUACUUGGGAGGCUGAGGCAGGAGAACGGCAUAAACCCGGGAGGCAGAGCUUGCAGUGAGCUGAGAUCGCGCCACUGCACUCCAGCCUGGGUGACAGAGCAAGACUCCGUCUCAAAAAAAAAGAAAAAGAAAAAAAGUUCUUGUGACAUUUGUGUAUGAAAUCAGCCUUCACUACAUGGAUAGGACCAGCACGCUUCUGCGGCACGACUCUGCCAUCUUACUACAUUUUUUUUAUUUUGUAUUUUUUUUAUUCCUUUUGAGACAGUCUCACUCUGUCACCCAGGCUGAAGUGCAGCCGAGAUCUCGGCUCACUGCAACCUCCACCUCUUGGGUUCAAGCAAUUCUCCUGUCUCAGCCUCCCAAGUAGCUGGGACUACAGGCACACAUCAAAACGCCUGGCUAAUUUUUGUAUUUUUAGUAGAGAUGGAGUUUUGCCAUAUUGGUCAGGCUGGUCUCGAACUCCUGACCUCAGGUGAUCGACCUGUCUUAGCCUCCCGAACUGCUAGGAUUACAGGUGUACGUUUAUUUAUUUGAGAUGGAAUCUUGCUCUGUAUUUAUUAAUUUAUUUAUCUGAGAUGGAGUCUUUCUCCAUCGCCCAGGCUAGAGUGCAGUGGUGCAAUCUCGGCUCCCUGCAACCUCUGACUUCCAGUUUCAAGUGAUUCUCCUGCCUCAGUGUCCCAAGUAGCUGGGAUUACAGGUGCCUGCCACCACAGCUGGCUAAUUUUUGUAUUUUUAGUAGAGACAGUGUUUCACCAUCUUGGCCAGGCUGGUCUCGGGCUCCUGACCUCAUGAACCACCUGCCUCAGCCUCCCAAAGUGUUGGGAUUACAGGCCUAAGGCACCAUGCUCGGCCAUAUUUAUUUAUUUAAUUAUUUAGAGACAAAGUCUUGCUCUGUCACCCAGGCUGGAGUGCAGUGGCGCCAUCUCAGCUCACUGCAGCCUCCGCCUCCAAGGUUUAAGCGAUUCUCAUGCCUCAGCCUCCUGACUAACUGGGACUACAGGUACUCACCACCAUGCAGGGAUAUUUUUUUCUAUUUUUUUUACAGACACAGUUUCACCAUGUUGGCCAGGCUGGUCUCGAACUCCUGACCUUAGGUGAUCUGACAGCCUCGUCCCCUCAAAGUACUGGGAUUACAGGCAUGAGCCACUGUGCCCGGCCUCUCACUACAUUUAAGUGACGCCAUGGCUCAUGCCUGUAAUCCUAGCACUUUGGGAGGCCAAGGCAGGUGGAUCACUUCAGGUCAGAAGUUCGACACGAGCCUGGCCAACAUGGGGAAACCCCGUCUCUAGUAAAAAUGCACAAAUUAGUCAGGCGUGGUGGUACAAGCCUGUAGGCCCAGCUACUUGGAAGGCUGAGGCAGGAGAAUCACUUUAACCGGGAGGCAGAGGUUGCAGUGAGCCAAUAUCAUGCCACUGCACUCCAGCUUGGGUGACAGAGUGAGACACCGUCUCAAAAAAAAAAAAAAAAAAGGAAAGAAAAACAUAUGAUGCCGGGGCAUCUCGGCCUCAAUACCUGCGUGAGCACAGUCAUGUCCAGGCCAGGGCUGCUGGUCGAGGUCCGGCCCCAUCUCUUCCAGCAGAAAGGGAGUAAGCUUGCAGGGAGGCUGGGGGACAAGAUCCCAGGAUCUCGGCCUCUGCUCACGGAUCAGCUCUGAGACCCCGAGUGAGCUGGGGGUGCUCUGUGCGCAUUGGUUUCCCCAGCUGUCAAGUAAAGGGAUUGGAUGAGGAAGUCUUGUCAAGGUGGAAUGAUCUCAGAUUUGGGGCAGCAGUGAAUGAUCCCGCUCCCUGGGCCAUGCCAGUGGCCCGGCCUCGGCUCAACACAGCCCCAACACUCUGGAAUGGGGAUGAGGGGGCAGUCAGCUCUUGCUCCUAGUAAGAGAGAUGCAAUAGGGCUCUGUGGCUGAGCUGGGUGCCUUGCCUCACACCUGUAAUCCCAACCUUUGAGAGGCCGAGGCGGGAGGAUUGCUUGAGGCCGGGAAUUUUGAGAAUAGCCUGGACAACAUAGCCAGACCCCAUGUCUGCAAAAUAAUAAGAAAACACACAGCUAUAGUCCAAGCUACUUGGCAGGCUGAGGCAGGAAGGUCCCUUGAGUCCGGGAAUUGGAGGCUGCAUUGAGCUAUAAUCACACCACUGCACUCCAGCUUGGGUGACAAAGUGAGACCCUGUCUCUAAAAGAAAAAAAAAUUGGCCUGUGAGCAUGGGUUUGAUUUUCAAACAGGACCCGGAGGGUAGGGACAGACAGUGCUGUCACCCUUAGGUGCUGAACACUCAGAAACGGGCCAGCGGCAGCCCUUUCCUCACCUGCAGACACCAGAUUGGGCAGAACAGCACGUGGCACUUGCAGCUCUUGCAGUGAGGACAGAACCCAGUGUCAACCCUUCUGCCUGUGGGAGGGGCUGCUGAGGCCUGCAGAGAGGCCAGGGUGGAGGCUCAUCCCCUUGUCCAGCCCUUGGCGUGGUCUCCACCAGGUCCCCAGCCCACCAGUGUAGGGCGCCCCUGAACCUGCUGCUGCCACAGGCCCUGUCUCUACCCAGGACGUCCCCCCACCCUCGCAGUGUCAGGGAAAUGAUCAUGGUGGCGGUGACACUCCGCAGGCAGGGCUGCUGAGAGAAGCUGAGAAGGGUCACACUGCAGGCAGGGGCCCGUGUGACAAGCCCCUCUCACCCCGAGAGAGCUGACCAGGCAGCUCACGAGCAGAGCCACAUCCCGGGAGUCCGAGAAAGGUCCUGGCUGGGCUCAGCCACCUCAUUGGCCACGGGCAGCCUUUGUCGUGUGAGCCUUGCUCUCCUGGGGAGGCUCAGGCUGAUGGCUGAUGUGGGCAUUGCCGAGGGUAACCUGUGGCCCAGUGUAUAUGGCCGGCUCUCCUCAAGCUGCAUUCAUUCAAGUAGGACCCAGGGUGCAUGCCCAUCUCCAGCCCAGGGCAGCUCCCCUGUAAGCUGGGUGAGCUACUGAAGCCAAGGUGGGAGGCAGCUGACAACACCACCCAUGGCCCAUGCGGAGGUGGCAGAAAGGCUGGACUCAGCAGGAACACCAAAUCCCGGACCAGGCAGAAACCACCCAAGACUGAGGGGCUCGUGCCAGAGCGGUGGCCACAGAAGGAGAGCCGGGUCCCCCUCCUGGAGAACGCUGCGUUCCCCAGCCCCACACCGGCUUUGCCACCACACAGGCUUUUGAGGCAGGAGGUGGGUAAGACGUAGCUGUAGACCCAAAGCAACCACCAGCCCUGGGACCCUGCGGGAGAGGAGCACUUUUAGAACAUGGAAAAGUAUGGUCAUCCCAUCAUUAGACAGCACACAUCCUACAUAAAUAAAAAGUCGUAUGGGGAAGGAGGUUGGGGAGGGAAUAAAAAAUUGGCACAGACAUUGAUAGACUGGUUUCCAGUUUCAAGGUAACAGAUGCACAUCAUGAGACCAGAGGAGGCAGAGACAAGGCUGGAUUUGGCUUUUCUAAGCAACAUGUGUUCCUGUGCAGGGCUGAAUGGUCGCUGAGACAGAGAUGGAAGCCAGGACAAGGGAGCCCACCGGGCCCAGAUAGAGACUUCAGAAUCCACUCCUGAGAACAGUGGAGCCAGGCGCUUAGAGGAAGACCAAAUGCUGCCAGGACACGGAUUGUCCAGGGAUUACAUUCCAGCAUCUUAUUAGGGGUCAGCAGCACCCGGUGAACAGCAGCAGGAGGAGCCACUAGAGCAGCUGCUGAUGGGCAGAGCUGCCCUUGGGCAACUCCUGCCACCACCCCCUCCCCAGGGAGCCCAAGGCAGGGGAGGCUCAGCAUGGAAUGAAACAGGGGAGUGAGGGACACAAGGAGGUGGGAAGUGGGAGGGUCCCAGCCCCACCAAGUACGCAGAGACCCCCUCGUCGUCCUGGACACCACAGGGGCACCUGCAGGCUGGGAGACCAGGUCCUCUGUGCAUGGGCCCGGGAGGCAGACCUGCCCUAAGGGUGAUGCAGAGGCCACAGGUGCUGCAUGCAUCAGCACCCACUCUAGACAUCAGCCUCCAGGUUGACUAAGGGUCAGGUCAUGUUUGAAACCAUGCUUGGCUGGACCAGGACCCAUGGCAAGAGCACCUGGGCACCAGUGUUUAGCCCUGGUCUGCAGGAAGGAGGACAGCAGACUUUAGGACCCCACAGCACGGCAGUGCUGACCAUUUCACCCACUUGGCCUCCUUGAGGAAUAGGGAUGGGGAGCCCUCUGGGGAUGGGCAAGGCCUUCCAGGACAGGCUCGGUUCUGGUCCCCUGCUUUUUGAGGUUGGGUUAAAAUGCCGACCAUGGCAGAGGGGUUACAGCUCAGGUUCCCACACCUCGCUUUUCACAGCCUCCGAGGGCAGCAGUGCACAUGGAGGAGACGUCUCCCACGAGGCCAAGGCCUCCAGUGCUCACCGAUGCCCUCUGCGAAGUUGGGGUAGAACUCGUCAGUGAAGAGGGGCUCGGGCAGCUCACGGAAGUACAGCUUCAGCGUGCCUGCGAUGGCGUUCACGUCCAUCUCACUCAUCAUCACCGACAUGUCCUUGUUAUCUGGAAAGAGCAUGGAAAUGCAGCGGCCUCCUUGAAGAUCCUGAUAAAUGAAGAAAAGACACAGAGAAGGAUGUGACAUGCCUGGGCCAUGGAGCACUCUGAGAUCUCAUCGCGGACACCACUGCCCACACCUCCAUCCCGUCCUGCGCAGGCCGACACUCACUGACGUGGAAGCCUGCCUUCAGUGCCUGGAUGUCUGCAGCCACACCGGACACGCGGUAGAUGCCCACCUCCUCCAUGCCUCGGUGCUCGAUCUCCUCCACGCACUGGCGCACGAUGUAGGGCACCUUGGACCUCUCUCUCCUGCGGGAGGAGGGAAUGCUCUCAGUGUCCUAAGAGCCCUGCUUGGGCCAUAACACAGGAGACCUGCUCCCUAUCUGCACACCCGGAGGUGGGGUGAGGACGGUGACGAAGGUACCCAGGUCUGGGGCUGCACACAGAGCCUGCUGCAUGCCUGUCCUCCCUCUGCAAGCUCUGUCCUCAUUGCAUGUACUUUCUCAGGAACCUUUCAAGCGGCCAGAACCCCUGCGAAUCACACAUGAUCUUUGCGGGAAGGUCAGGAGGCCUUUCUAAGUCAAGUCAGCACAGGAAGGGCAUCUCACAGAUUCCAGGCCUGGGGUUAGCAGCCUGUGCCCCCGGCUGGGAGAUCAGACCCAGUGUUGGUCCUGCCACCCACGUGCUGUGUGAGAGGAGAAUCCCUGACCCCUGCGCUGGGCCUUAACACACAUCCGACGAAUGAAUGAAGGGUUGCCUCAGCACCGGUGCUCCAAGUCCUGCGAUGCUAAGUGCUUUUCUCCUCUGAGUCUUAGCAAUGGAAAAUUCCAAUACCUCCACACAGGACACUAGAGUAAGAAUCCUUCACAGUUAGAACGCAGUGCUGUGCGGAGGCCUUAACUUGAGUUCUGUUUUGCACCUGGAUUUACCAGCACAUCAAAGCUGCUUCGCAAGCCCCCUCAUCAGCAGGGCUUAUCUGGGGGAGCUGCUGAUGGAGUCCUCGCUGCUCAUGCCCACAGCCCUCCCAGAGUGCUAUGCGAGUGGCUGCCAUGCAGUUGGGGGUGGGGUGUGGUGUUUAGACACAGAUGGGAGUCCAGGGUAUGACUGAUGGAGGCCCCGGCCCACGUGACCAGCAAGGUCAGAGGCCCAGCCAGAUUCCAUCCUAGGGAAGCAAAUGAAUUCUCAGAGGAAGUGGUCUGUGUCUGCAUGAACUGCUCUCAAACCAACAAACAGGCUUCUCUUGGCAACUGACUCAUGACAAAGGGGCAGGGGUUACAAACAUUCAACAGGAAUCUGGGACCGUGACUAAUUCCAAGCAAGCGCAGAAAACCCUGCACUUGGGCAGUUCCUGGAGCCAGCCUACUGCUUCCAAGGAAGGUGGCAAGGACAUUCCUGAGCUGGUUUGCAGGAAACACAUGAGGUAGCUGAACACGCCGUGUUCCCUGGGGCCUGACCUCACCGUGCAGUGGCCACACACAGAGAGGAGAGAUCCACACAUGCUCUUUUCUGCAGAAACAGCUGAAGGGACAGGCACCCUCAGUGCGUGAGCCCAAGCCCCUCCCCACUCACUUGGUGACCACAGCAAUCUUGACUCUGAAGACCCCUGUCUGUUUCUGGGAUGGCAUCCUCUUCAAGCUGAACUCCCUGCUGUUGAACUUGACCGAGAGCUUUACUUCAAUCUACAGUGGGGAGAAGGGGCACAGUCCUCUAAUCCUUCUGGUCCUCAUAGCCCAAGGUCCCAAGGACCCCUGAGAGUCUCAUCAAAUAUUUCCACCCCCAAGGCAUGCAGAGGUCUCAGCAUGAGGUGGAGCCGCCCCUCGGGGAAGCCCCUAGUCUACUUCAGCAAGAGCCAGGAUUGUUGAAGAUGAUGUAAACGACUGGUUUCUGCAGAACCAUCUCCUAAAAUCCCCGCUGCUUCUCUUGCUUGCUUACUUUUUUUUAAGAUAUGGGAUCUUGCAAUGUUGCCCAGGCUGUAAUCAAACUCUUGGGCUCCAGUGAUUCUCCUGGCUCAGCCUCCAGAGUAGCUGAGAUUAUAGGUGUACUGUGACCAGCUUUCUCUUUCUUAGUAACAAUUAAAAAUUAAGUAGGAAAGACAGAAUAAUAUAAGAAAAAGCCAAGAAUCUCAAAUAUUAACAUUUUACCAUUUAUA